AUGCAGUCAAUCUGCAAGAUGAGGCCUUUACUGUUCGCAUCCAUCUCUUCCGCGGCCACUGGGUUAUCUCCUCGCCGAAUCUCCGCCGUCGCCGUUCCUACCCCCCUAGUUCACGGAGUCCAAUCCCUCUCCAGGCGCGUCCCCGCGUCGAUCCGUCGGAAGCCCUCCUGCCCCGCCCUGUCCUCGCGGGUCUCCGCAUGUCACCACUUUGAGGGCCAAGGUACCAUGAUGGACGUCCCCCUUCCUUCCUCAGGGGAGAUUCACGUCAUCUGCGGGCCUAUGUUCGCGGGGAAGACCACUGCACUCCUCCGCCGGCUCCAAGCAGAAAGCAGCAGCGGAAGGUAGUCCUCGGCCGACAACUGGUGUCGAUAAUCUCUGCUCCUGACUUCGAGUUAAUAUAAACCUCAUUAUCUCUAUGGCAGUAUAGAAAAAUCGAGAUCUAAUAGUCAUCGAUGUAUUGUUGUCGAUUCUUCUUUGGAGGAGAUACUUAUAUUUCCUGAUUUUUCUUGUUCAUAGGAACGUUGCUAUCAUAAAGUCAGAGAAAGACAACAGAUAUGGGCUAGACUCUAUUGUGACGCAUGAUGGCUUGAGGAUGCCAUGCUGGGCCUUGCCAGAUCUUUCGACUUUCCGGGCAAUGCUGGGCAUUGAGGCAUAUGAUAAGGUGAUAAAACGCCGUUCUGUUUAUCAUUUUCCUAACAUUAUUCCGCGCAAAAAAUGUAUUGCGUUCUGCACCUCAUGGCCUUCUACGUGAACUCUCAGCUGUUCUUCUUCCAUCAUGUGGAUAUCUUAGUGGGCGAUGAGUCCAACGCAAAAAACAUCUUCCUCGUAAAGAUUAAAACCAUGGAGACUGCCACCUCUCUUGUGGCCACGUUUCUCUUCUUUGCUGCGUAACAGAGUGAAUCAAUGGUCUUUUCACCUCUCUAUCUGAUCUUACCAGUCCAAUUGUUUAUGGAGAGUGUCAGUGGAAAAUAUGUAGAGUUGGUAGUCAAUCCAGAUCUUCAUCUGUCAAAUAAUCUCUAAAGAUUAUUGAACAGUGGAAAUCAGGUUAAUCUUCGUGAUAUGCUUCUCUAUUUCUCGUUUGUGAUUGUCAUGGGAAAUAAAAAGCACGUGGUAAGCUGUAACUUCGAUAAGAAAUGAAAAGCUCGUCAUAGGGUGAUGCAUUCAUUAGCUUAGAGUAACGAUUUGAAGACGAGCCCGAAUACAGUGGCUGAAAAUUAUGUGCCUGCCUGUGUGAUUUACCCAGCUGAACGGUCUCCAGAUCUUCAGAAAUCGAUUAUUCGUGGUUUUAAGCGAGAAUAGAAGAUGUCAAAUUCGUCAUUCGAUGGUGUAAAUUCAUCAUGAAUAAUGUUCGUGAUAAGCUCUGGGAAAUAAUCGUGCAUUUAUUGUAAUCGUUUGGCAGUUAAAUACCACAUCAAAUUCCCAUUCCCCUCCAGUUAUGAAAUUUUGCCAGCAGUCAAUAUCUGUUCUUCUUUGCAGAAGGUGUGUGAUACAGUCAGAGGGUUUGUGGUCAUGGCAAUGGUCAUUAUUAGAUGAGAACUACAGAUCUAUCUAUCAAACUGUUUGUUAAAUCUUAUGUCGUAUAUGUUGCUAAAUGUCGAUUUGUAACAGGUGGACGUGAUUGGAAUCGACGAAGCUCAAUUUUUUGAAGAUCUUCGUGACUUCUGCUGUAAGGCAGCUGAUCAUGAUGGGAAGACUAUUAUUGUUGCAGGCUUAGAUGGAGACUAUCGAAGGUACUCUUCUGUAUCUGUGUAUGUUUUAAGAAUCUAGACCAGGUACUCCCGCGGUUUUGAACAAUCAAACAUCAAUAUAUCAUUCGAUCUGAUCAUGAUGGACGGAUCGCAUAUUUUGAUCGAAUCAAAUACCCGUCAUGUUCAAUAUUCAUAAUUUGUGAAUAUCAUCUCUACCCUUAAAAAUGGCCUCAAAUAUCUUCCUUCCAGGUGCAGUUUUGGAUCUGUGCUUGAUAUUAUCCCUCUAGCUGAUUCAGUGACCAAGUUGACGGCCCGGUGUGAGCUCUGUGGCAAGCAGGCUUUCUUCACCCUGAGGAAGACGGCUGAGCAGCAGACCGAGCUGAUUGGCGGCGCCGAUGUCUAUAUGCCAGUCUGUCGGCACCACUACGUGAGCGGGCAGGUUGUAAUUGAAGCAGCAAGGCUUGUCUUGGAGUCGCAGAAGACCCACACUGAUCCUUUCAUUCAGGCAUCUCCUUACACAAUUUAG